UAUAUAUGAGAAAUUGGUGCGGAGAACCAAUGCUUGCUGGAAGAUACAAAUCGGACUUGUGGACUUUGAGCGGUCAAAGAUCGCCUCGGCGCAAGAGGUACUUUUGUUCUCAUCGUGGUGGUGCAGCAGAUAAACCUCGGUUGUCCUGACAGGAGGAACGCUUACUCGACUCAGUUAGUUCGAGAAUUGCUCUAGAGGAAGCAGAAUCAUUGAGAAGACAGAUAGAAAACCGAUUGAAGAUGUCUUUUACUUUGUUAAUGGGUCCACCCGGGCCCGAAGCUAGGGCUCUGGCCGAGAAAGAGCUCAGGGAAACCGAGGAGAACGUGAAGAACGGCAUCGAGACCCUGAAAAAAUAUAUUGAAGAGGAUAAAACCAUCCAUUACUGCACCGACGAUGACUUUCUCUUGAUCUUUCUCCGACCAUGCAAGUUUUAUCCGCAGAGCGCGUUUGAUCUCAUGAAACGCGUCGCGGAUUUCAGGAACAAGCAUGCAGCUCUGUUCUAUGAUCUGAUACCAAGUGAUGAAAGAGAUGCCAUCAUGAAUCAUGACGUCAUUAAUGUUUUGAAAACUACAGAUCAUAAAAAUCGCAGGGUGAUGAUAAUGCAAGUCGGCAAAACUUGGGACCCAUCUAAGGUCACGAGCGAUCAAAUAUUGAGAUUGUUAUAUAUAGUACAUUUGUUAGCCAUACAGGAGCAAGAAACGCAGAUAUUUGGAGGCGUCGUCAUAAUGGAUUUCGACGGUCUCUCCAUGAAACAGAUCAAGGGAAUGCCACCAAGCUUUAGUAUAAAACUUCUCAGUUUUAUUCAAGACGCAAUGCCAUUGCGUUUAAAAGAAGUUCAUUUUGUGAAACAACCGUUUCUGUUUAACAUGGUAUGGACAAUGUUUAAGCCAUUUGUUAAGGAAAAGCUGAGGAAACGCAUGUUUUUUCACGGUAACAAUAUGUCCUCGCUUCACACUCACAUCCCUGUAAGCCAUCUACCAAAAAAUUAUGGCGGUGAUUUGCCUGAAAUAGAUUACAACGGUGCCGAUUGGUACCCAACGAUGUUAGCAGCCGAAGAUAAAAUCAAAGAGUGGAACACGUACGGAUACACCAAAAAAUAAGCUAAAUUUUUAACAGAUGGUCAUCCUCUAACAUGAUAUUAUUAAAUACUUUUUAAAUUUUGGAAGAUAUAUCAUAUUUUACAUGCGACACAUAUUUUUGUAUUUAAGCUGACGUAUUAUACGUAUAUAUUUUAUAUACAGUGGUAAUUUAUAGAAACAUUUCGACACACAGACUAACAUAAAAAUAAUAAUUCAGGAUUAACCCGUUACAAUAUUUCACAAAUUAAAAUAAAUAUUUUAUUUUGUAUUUUAUGAAUACGAAAAAGAAAAAGAUAUAAAAUAUUGACACUUAAAAGUAAAUUGUUGCUUGAUAUUCGUAAAAGCACUUUCUUCUUACAUUAAAACAGAUUUAGAUUCUAUAUAUAAUAGACAAAAUAGACAAAAAUAUCAAACAUAUCGAAAUCUUUUACAUGUCGAGAUGUCCUAAAUUACAAUACAUGAAAUUUUUAAAUAAUUAAAUUAUUAAAAUAUAUUUUAAAUAAAAACAUUAUAUAUUCGUACGAUUCGCGUCAACAAUGCUAUUAAUUGUAGAUAAAGAUUUUUCGUAAAGGAAUUAACUUUAUAUUGCAUUUACAGGGAAAAUUGAUUCGUAAUUUCAAAGUUUUUUCUAUUAUACGUUAGCGCAUAUAUUAGUUAUCAUAGUAUGAUAUUUAUCAUACGUCACAUUCAUUGCCAUGUGAUAUGAUUAUAAUGCUCAGUCAGAAGCCAUUAAUGCCAUUCGGUGCAUCCAUAUUUGCAAAAAGUAUUUAUCCCACUAAAAAAGUCUCACAAAGCUAAAAAAAGAUUAUAUACUUGGCGUCGCGACGCUGCUGCGUCGCUUGAUGACAUGCGAUUUUUAUGAAUUUCUUUUUUAUUCUUUUACAAAAUAAAAUGAUUGAACUAUAUUAUUGUACUAUAACUAAGUGCGAAAAGUGCUUCUUAAAUGUUACAGAAAGAGAGAGAGAGAGAGAGAGAGAGGGAGAUAAAGAGAGAAAAAUAUAUUUGAUUGUUAAGUAUAUAUAGAAAUACUGAACGGUAUUAAAGCUUCCGAGUACUUUAUAAAUACAUAUAUGUAUCAUAUCGCAAUAUAUAAUCUAAUCAUUAAUGUGAAUAAAAAGAAUAAAAAUAUUUUUAUUACUAAACAA